CUGCGUGCGCGCGCCUGGGUGGGACAGUGCGCGUGUGCGCGCUCCCUUCCCUCCCAGCUGGUGUCGGAGCGGCGGCGCAGAGAUGAGCGGACGAGGCGGCGACCUGAGCCCGCGGCAGGCUGAGAGACUCGCCGAGUUCAGGGAGAGGAUCCAGGACGUCCUGGAUGAGCUUCCUGCGCAGCACGACCACUUCCUGCUCCGCUGGCUCAGAGGUGAGUCCCUCACCUGGUCAGCUCGUAGCUUCAAUGUGCAGAAAGCUGAGGUCAUGAUCCGAAAGCAUUUGGAGUUCAGGAAGAAGAUGAACGUGGACUCCAUCAUAUCAGACUGGAAACCCCCAGAGGUGAUCGAGCGCUACGUGUCUGGAGGGAUGUGUGGAUACGACCGAGAGGGGAGUCCCAUCUGGUAUGAUGUCAUCGGUCCUCUGGACCCAAAAGGCCUGUUGCUAUCGGCGACCAAGCAGGACUUCAUGAAGACAAAGAUCCGACACACGGAGAUGCUGCAGAGGGAGUGCAGGAGGCAGUCAGAGAAGUUGGGUCAGAACAUCGAGGCCAUCUCUCUGAUCUACGACUGUGAAGGACUCGGACUGAAACACAUCUGGAAACCUGCCAUAGAGACGUAUGGGGAGAUCCUCACCAUGUUUGAGGAGAACUAUCCAGAAGGCCUGAAAAGAGUGUUUCUGAUCAAAGCCCCCAAAAUGCUCCCCAUGGCCUACAACCUCAUCAAGCACUUCCUGUGUGAGGAGACGCGCCGAAAGAUCCUCUUCUUAGGAAGUAACUGGCAGGAAGUGUUGCGUAAUCACAUUGACCCGGAUCAGCUCCCGGUGGUCUACGGUGGAACCCUGACCGACCCCGACGGAGACCCUCGCUGCAGGACCAUGAUAAAGUACGGCGGUACGAUUCCCCGCUCGUACUACCUCAGGGACUCGCUGGAGGUCCAGUACCAGCACAGCGUGACGGUGAGCCGGGGGUCCGUCUUCCAGCUGGAGGUCCAGGUCCCAGCGGCCGGAAGCCUCCUGAGGUGUCAGUUCUCCAGCGACGGAGCAGACGUCGGCUUCGGCGUCUACAGACAGAACAAAGAUGGCGGCUCUCAGAAAGUCUCCGAGAUGCUUCAGGUUCUUCCCAACGAACGUUACAACGCUCACCUGGUUCCUGAAGACACCCGCCUCACCUGCACCGAGCCCGGAGUCUAUGUGCUGUGUUUCGAUAACACUUACAGCCUCCUUCAGUCCAAGACGGUGAGCUACACAGUUGAGGUUCUUCUUCCUGCAGACGGACCCACGCCGAGUCCUGGAGACCAGCUUCAGUGAAUCGGAUCCACCAGGUCCACCAGGUCCAGGGGGGCUUCAUGGGACCUCUUUGGGCCUCUUUGGGUCUUCAGUCUGAUUCCAGAACAAACGUUUGUUCGUAACCCUUGUUAAUAAACAGCAGUUUGUUUGUUGUAAACACGUAAAACUCUUUGACUCUUUAACAGAUUCAGUGAUGAAAGGUGUUUUAUGCUAAAUCCAAACAGUCAUUAUAACAUAAAAACACAUUCUGCAUUUCUUAUAAUUAAAGCAUAAAGUGUUUAAUAGAACAUGUUAGUAUUUAAUAUUCUGAUGGAAACAUGAUUUAUAUAAACAGUUAUUAUCUUUAUUCAGUCUUAAUUAAACCUUUAUGGUCAUCUCAUGUGACAUUUAAAUAAUCACUCAAAUCAAUAAGUUCUAAGUAUUAUUAUCAGUGAUUACACUGAA